AUGUCUUCAUCCUUCAACAUCGGUGUCCUUUUGUUAUUUCUCUUUGUCCAAAUGGUUAUUGGGGCUAACCCUCUCUACCACUUUUGUUCCACAAAUUCUGGUAACUUUACACCUUAUAGUCCUUAUGAUCAAAGCCUGAACAAACUCCUAGGUAACUUGCACUACAAAACCCCUCCAAAUGGCUUUGGAAUGAGCUCCGCGGGUCCAUACCAAGCUCAAACCUUUGGUCUGUCUUUGUGUCAGGGUGACGUGUCAAGCGAAGUCUGCGCUUCUUGUUUUGUUAACGCUAGUGCUGAAAUUCGCAAACGUUGUCCAAACAACAAGGCUGCAACCAUAUGGUAUGACCAAUGCCUCUUGAAAUAUUCUAGUAGUAACUUCUUUGGUCAAAUAGACAACGAGUUUAAGUUUUACUUGCUCAACAUAAACAAUGUAAGUGAUCCAACGUUCUUUAACCUGGAAGCCAAGAGAUUGUUGACCAGUUUGUCGAACACAGCGUACGCUGACCCAAGAAUGUACGCGGCUGGAGUUAUAGACCUCGAAGGUUCAAAGAAGCUUUAUGGGCUGGUUCAAUGCACUAGGGAUCUUUCAAGUGGAAACUGCAAGACUUGUUUAGAUAAUGCGAUCAGUGAUCUCCCAAGUUGUUGUGAUGGGAAAGAAGGUGGGAGGGUUGUUGGUGGGAGUUGUAACAUUAGAUACGAGACUUACCCAUUUGUAAAUGCUUAAUUAAUCUUGUUGUUUAAUAAUAUUCUCAACGAUAAAAUAGAAUAAAAGUGUAAUCAAAUCUUUGUAACA